AUGGUAUUGAAUGAAAAACGAGUACUGACCGUCGUCUCAGGAGCUUCACGAGGCAUCGGCAAGGAAAUUGCUAUUCAAGUGUCGAAACGGGUCGCACCGAAUUCAGUGUUCCUACUUACUGCCCGUAAUGAAGCUACAUUAUUACAAAUCAAACAGGGUAUUCUCAACAGCUCAGAAAAAGCUCAAGUAUGGAUAGUUGUCUGUGAUAUGGGAUCGUUUAACGACGAUGCUAUCAACACCUUUACAGAGGUUCUCGAGGAAAUCAAAGGAACGGGUCCAUUUGAUAGCGCCUUCAUAUUCCAUAAUUGCGGUACUGUUGGUGAUGUAUCAAAACGAUGUACCGAAUUAAGUAAUCCAGAUCAAUGGCACAAUUUUCUCAGUGUGAAUCUCGUCGCAAUGGUACAAUUCAAUAAUUUAUUAUUGAAAACCAUCACACAAGAGGUUGCCAAAGAACGAUUCAUCGUAAAUAUCACAUCUUUAGUUGCUAUCCAAGGUUUCCCGUCUUUAACACAGUACUCUGUGGGUAAAGCGGCUCGAGAAGCAUUUUUCCGUGGUUUGGCAGUUGAAGACGAUUCAAUAAAAGUAUUCAACUAUGCGCCAGGUCCUGUCGAGACAGCAAUGCACGACGUGAUUGCAAAGCAAUCGUUCGACGAAGGUAUACGAGCUGUAUUCUCACAGAAUACCUCACUUACCCAUGAUGCUCACCGUGCAUGCUUAACAACAACACAAACAGUCGAGAAAAUGCUCAAACAUCUUGAAGAGAACAAAUUCCAAAGUGGCGCUCGAAUCGAUUACUUUGAUGAUGAAAUGUGA